UCAACUUCGCUGCAGCCAGGCUCGAAGGUUAGUUCUACACCUUCGGCUACGUUGGCCUUCAUUCCUCCAGCUCUCCAAAGCUAGUCGCUUUCGCCAAGCUACAUACGAACAUCGACAACCCGGCCUUGCCACAGUCUACCCUCCACAAUGGCGGGUAAAAUGAUCUUGUACAAGCUGGUGGUGCUGGGAGAUGGCGGCGUAGGCAAGACAGCUUUGACGAUCCAACUAUGCUUACAACACUUCGUCGAGACCUACGACCCAACGAUUGAAGACUCGUACCGCAAGCAAGUUGUGAUAGAUGGCCAGGCAUGCAUGUUGGAAGUCCUGGAUACUGCUGGCCAGGAAGAAUAUACCGCCUUGCGUGAUCAAUGGAUCCAAGACGGCAAGGGUUUUGUCAUAGUCUACAGCAUCUCUUCUCGAUUGUCGCUCUCACGGGUUAGGGGAUUUCAUCGCCAAAUUCAGCAAGCCAAGGAAUUUUGCGCAUCCUCCUCGCCUUAUCCAGGCUCGCCAAUCCUCGCCGUCAAUUCGCAGGCGCCGGUACCGAUCAUGCUGGUGGGGAAUAAGAGCGACCGAGAAGCCGAGCGAGAAGUAUCAAUGCAAGAAGGUCAUGCUCUAGCUCGUGAGCUGGGAUGUGAAUUUGUCGAGACCUCGGCGAAGAACUGCAUAAAUGUUGAGAAGGCGUUUUAUGACGUCGUCAGAAUACUUCAGCACCAAAGAUACGUAGAGCAAAGGCCAAUACCGUCAAGCGGCAGCAGACUGCAACCUGCAGCAAACCGCGAUGCAGGACUGGCGAGACACCCUGCUCGCUAUCUACGGCGAGGUGGUGGAAACAAGUGCAUCAUACUAUGAAAGCGUAACGAAUGGCUAAGAUCAAGGAUGACAAAAACCAAUCGCAGGCCAGGCAUGAUAUCAACGAGCCUCGGGAAACAAAUAAGCCCAGGGUACUUGUCAUGCUGCGGACUGCCGUUAAUUACCAUAGUAAAUCGGGGCAUAAGGCACAUGAUAGGCGAGCGGUCAAUUUUCCACCCCAAAUCUUUUCCCGUUUCUUCAACCCACAUUCCUCAACCCCAAGACAUGCCAAAGUUAAAUAAUGAAGCCAAUAUCAUUCUUG